GUAACAGAUUGCGAGUACGAUGAGAUUUUUUUGAGUUCUCUGAGCGGUUCCAAACUCUUCAUGUGUUGGUGAAUGGAAAAUAAUAAAUUUACCGGAAUUUUAGUAAUUUUUAUCUAAUUAUUUCGCACCUUUUUACAACAAAAGAGAUGGUUCUUCAAGUCGUCAAAUUUCGACAUCAUUUUCGUCAAAGAUUUUCCCCUCUGUCAAAUUUCCUAGUAUGCAAAUUCACAACAUCGCCCCCACCACCACCACCGCCCCCAUCGUCCCCUCCUUCUUCCGGUCAUUUCAUCACGACACCAAUUUUCUACGUGAACGCGCAACCACACAUUGGUCACUUGUACACCUCCGUUGUUGCAGAUACUUAUCAUCGAUACCGGAAAUUACAGAGGCCAACGGAAGGAGAGGGUGGAUUACCUCCAAUUUUCUCCACUGGGACGGACGAGCAUGGAAUGAAAAUUGAAAAGGCUGCAAAAAAGGAAGGUCUCCCCGAUGGAAAGACGAUCCUACAUUGUGACAAAGUUUCAAAAAGCUUUAGAGACAUGACACAACAGUUUAGUAUUGAUUGCACAGAUUUUGUGAGAACAACGGAACCCAGACAUUUCAAAGCGGUGUCACAUUUUUGGGAAAAGUUACACGAUCAGGGUCACAUUUACAAGAGCGAGUAUCAAGGCUGGUAUUCUAUCGCGGACGAGGCUUUCAUUCCCGAGUCGAAUUUAAUCGAGAAAGUGGAUGGGAAAGGGGGAACAAUCAAAGUUUCCGAGGAAAGUGGUCACCCCGUCGAGUGGACGAAGGAAGAAAAUUACAUUUUCAAGCUGACUAAAUUCCUACCCGAUGUUUCCCAUUGGAUUAAAACUUGUAAUCCCAUCAAGCCGGAAAAAUUUGCGGACAUAUUGCUCCGUUGGAUUGACGAGGGGUUCGAAGAUCUUUCCGUGUCCAGGCCAAAAUCACGGCUGAGUUGGGGAAUUCCCGUCCCGAAGGAUGACACUCAAGUAAUUUACGUCUGGUUGGACGCACUCGUGAAUUAUCUCACGGUUGCUGGCUAUCCCGAUAAAUUAAAUCAGUGGCCACCCACGUUACAAGUUGUGGGCAAGGAUAUUAUCAAAUUUCAUGGCAUUUAUUGGCCCGCAUUUUUAAUGGCGGCCGGAUUAGAGCCCCCGAAAGAAAUUUUGUGCCACUCCCAUUGGACCAUAGAUGGAAAAAAGAUGUCGAAAUCGUUAGGAAAUGUAGUCGACCCGUUCGAACUGGGAAAAACGUAUGGGACCGAUGGCCUCCGAUACUUCCUUUUGAGGGAAGGAACUCCCCAAUCCGAUGCAAAUUUCACCGAGGAAAAAAUGCGACGAAUGCUCAACGCCGAAUUAGCGGAUACAUUUGGAAAUUUACUGAGUCGUUGUAGCGGAAAGUUGGUAAAUCCUGGGCAAAAAUGGCCGGACUGGGACCACCAAAAUUUUCCAGAUGCUCUCGGUCAACACGGAACUGCUCUUAAAGAAUCGUUAGAAUCACUGCCUGACAAGGUGGAGACGAGUUACAACGAGUUUAUUUUCUAUCGCGGUCUCGAGCACAUAAUGACAACCAUCCGCUUAGCCAAUCUGUACGUGGAGGAUACAAAACCAUGGGCAUUGGCGAAAACGGCUCCCUCCGACCCCGUCCUAUUGUCCAUGCUCAGCUUGGUCUUUGAAACGCUAAGAAUUACUUCCAUCCUCACAUUUCCAGUCAUGCCUAAUUUGUCCUCUAGUGUACUCGAUCGCCUUAACGUCGCCCCCACCGAGAGGAAUUGGGCAUCCUUAAAAAACUUUAUAUGGGAGAAACAAGAAGCUUCUGACAGAUCGUUGGGCCCCGUGCAUAACGUGCUUUAUAAAAGAAUUAGACUAUAAGUUAAUUAGGUAGUUGUUUAUCUAGUCAUAUUUUUAGCCUUAAUUUAUUUGAUGAGUCAGACUGAAUAAUUUUUAUGAUUCAUAAAUCAAUAAAUUUUGCAGGCACAAGAUGA